AUGGCAGGUCUCAAUACCAUAGCCAGCUACGUCGAGUGGAGUGGACACGAACCUCAGCCUGGGAAGUUAAACUUUGUGGACAACUACGAUCUGAUCGAGUUCUGCAAAGAAGCCCAGCGUGAGGACCUCCUGGUGAUUCUUCGUGUGGGCCCCUACAUCUGCGGUGAGAGAGACAAUGGUGGAUUUCCUUCUUGGCUCUACAACACAAUAGCACCCGGUAACUUCCGAACGACCGACAAAGUCUUUAUGGACGCCACUGAGAAGUGGCUGGGUGAACUGUUACCGAGGAUAAAAGGAACGUUCUACAAAAAUGGUGGUUCAGUGAUAGCCCUUCAAGUCGAGAACGAGUACGGGAUCCAAAUGUGCGAGAGCGGUUAUAUUCCUGGAGUUUACAAUAUAUUCAAGAAACACGUCGGGGGCGAUGUUAUCUUGUUCACUAGCGACUUCUGGAGAGAGAAAGACCAUAAGUGUGGGGGAGUCCAGGAUGUUCCAAAAGCUGCCCACAUGCGCGCACACGACUCCGUGGCGACUGUUCGAUCAGCCAUGAAUUCCAUAAACACACAAGGAUGUCCUUUUUUCUUAAUGGAAUAUUAUGUAGGAUGGUAUACUAAGUGGGGAAUAGCGCACGAGGAAAGAAAUCCGCCCAAAUUCAUGGACACAUUUAAGGAACUAAUACGAACGAAUGCUUCCGUCAACAUCUACAUGUUCCAUGGAGGGACAAACUUCGGGUUUAGCGCACCCUCAAGAGAAGGCACUCCACUGGUCACAAGCUAUGACUACAAUGCACCGCUCUCCGAAGCGGGAGAUCCGAGGGAUUUGUACCACAAGUUAAGGGACAUCAUCAAGGACUUUUCUACGUUGCCACCGGGAGACGUGCCGGUCGCUUCUCCAAAGAUUAAUAUCGGAGUUGUAAAUUUAACCGAAGGAGUAUCGCUCAUGGAAGUAAUAGACCAUUUCAGAGCAAAUGGCUGGAUCAAAAAGUAUGAGCAGUCUGCCCCAAUGACGUUCGAAGACAUGGGUCAGGAUUAUGGAUUCGUCAUGUAUACAGCCAAGGCGGGUUCCGUCAUCAAUGCUACUCUGAUAGUUUCUGGCAUCAAGGACAGUGCCUACGUCGUUGGAAAUGGCAGUAUACAUGUUCUCAACUCACAGUUUUACACAAAAAGCAUUGAUAUUAAGGAGGGCGAAACUCUCACUAUAUUCGUGGAAAGUCUUGGCAGGGAGUUUUUCAAGAUAGGGAAGGACCCAAAGGCAAGUGUUUUCGUUAUUACUUUUGAUUGUCUUAAUGUUUGGGUUUGUUUGAUGUAG